AUGUUCCGCUCGAAGAAGGACGUUGACCGCCACGUGCAGAACGUCUUUUGCAAACUGCGAAAUGAGAACGAGAAAAACCUUCGUUGUUACAAUGUUGCCAAACUGUAUUAUCAAGUGGGUGAUUAUGAAUCCACAAAAAGAUAUGUAUUUAAUUACUUAGAAAUACGAGAUAGUUCUGCCAGUGCACAUAAGUUGUUGGGUCAGGCUUAUGAAGCUCUUGGUCAGAAAGAAGCAGCUUUUAAUGAGUACAAAGUUUCCCUUGAACUUGAAGGGAGACAAGAUAAUCUGGUUUUGAAAGUAUGUGAAUUAUUGGUUGACAUGGAAAUAGGAAUGGAUGCUACUAAACUGAGGUAUUGGGUAGAGAGAGCUGAUAAACUAUUUCCACAUAAUUCAGUAGUUUUUCAAUUAAAAGAAAAACUUUUAACUAUAGAGAAACCAAACAACAGCAGUGAGGAUCUUGAGGCACUUUUCGCAUCUGAAUUAGCUGCGAGACCGACUGAUGUGCAACUUCGCAUCAAAUUGUUAAAUUAUUAUAUGUCGGAGCGUAGAUUGGAUAAAGCUUAUGAACAUGCCAUCAGUGUAGAGGUCACUGUCCCUCAUAAGGACAGCAUUGCAUGGUAUCAGUUGCUGUAUGAAUUAUUAACAAAAUAUAAAGAGACUAAAUUUCUUGAUUGGUCUUUCUGGUUAUUCUAUAUAUCUGUAUCUGAUAAAUAUGCGGGAUUAUGUCUUAAGGAGCAAGGAAGUGAAACAAAGAAAAGCAUUCAAGAGGCAGCUCAGGCAGUAUUUAAUUUUGACCAAAAUCUGAACGAGAUGAAGUCAAAGAACUUUUCUAAACAACACUCCUUUACGGAACACUUGUUCACACACAUGUGGGGCCAGUUGCAUUUUCACUUGGCGUGUUUGCUAUUACGUAAAACAAAAUGUGAGCAAGGCAGUUGGAACGAAGCAGGAAGAUUAUGCUCACCGCUGUUAUUAACUGCAUUACACGUAGCUCCAUUGGAAAAUCGUAUACGCAUACAAUUAGAGGAUGAAUUUAAGAAUCAGUUCAAUAUAUGGGCAAUGGAGGCAGCAUAUCGAUGUUGCCAAGCUGGUUACAUUCUUCAAAAUUAUGCCAGGGAUGACACGAAAAAGUUGAUGGAUAGAAUUGAUAAAUUUUGCACAGGGCUCUGGAGAGAACGGAUUUAUCAGAGAAUUUUUAUAACCAAAAUACACCUUGAUCAUAUAAGGAAUUCAUUUUUUUGCCAUCAUCAUUCAGCUCCUGAUCCACCUUUACGCAUGUGUACUGCAAAUCAGCUAAGGACUUAUAGUCAAAUUGCACAAGAAGUGUGGCCUGCUUCAUUGCACCAUCAAAUCUGGCUUGGGAUGGAGAAUCGGUCUCAAAACAAAGAUGCUCCGUACCCGGAUCAAACCUCGCGUGUGUUCCCGGCAUUACAAUUUUCAGUAUUUAACACAAAUCAAGCGGCACCUGACAGCCUGUGUCUUAUUGAUAUCGAUGCGUUUCUCAACGCAGCGAUUCUGUGCUCGUCCGCUGUUCUAGAAGAGCAGCAACUUGGUAGCUUUGUGAAUCCAGAAAAGCUACCGACAUUGCCUAUCGAUCUUACUGUGACAUUGUCCACAACUAAUCAAGAGAAAUGGUGGUUGGCGGUAUACAAGAUGUAUUCCAAGCGAGAAGAUGUAGAUGGUGACAUCGGCGAAUUACGACAAGAAUUGCAGCAAGGAUUGGAAGUCAUUCGUUGCAUUGGCAAUCACGGUAUGCAUCCGGUGUUAUUGGUACAUUUGGCGCGCAUGUUUCAUUAUCGCGCGAAGAUUAUGAAGGAGAAGGACGAGGCGAAUGGCUACAUUCCUAGAUGGGAGGCACGUUCCGAGCUGUAUUGGACCGCCGCUUUACCGCUUUUAGAAAGGUUACAAAACAAUCAAACGUUACGUAUGUCUCCAUCAAAAUUGUUCAAUUAUCAGGGUAAAGAAUUGAACAAUUUCGAACUGACGAAUGCGCUUGAGGAAGGCAAGUUACUAUUGGCUCAGCGACUUGUACGCGAUAAACAGUACGAGCAGGCAAUCGACGCGUUGCAGGUGCUCAAAUGCCCAGAGGCAUCAUUUCAGCUGGCGCAAAUUUACAAAAUCUUUGCGGACGAGGUAGUUGAUUCCACGCCCCGCGAGAGUCUAACGUCAGAGAUGCGAUCGCAACACAUCAUAAUGCUGUCAAAAGCGAGAAAUUGCUUUUAUCUUACACUCGAUCGACUUCGUAGUCCGGGCACGAAUCCUAAACAUCCAUUGAAUUCCGAGCUCGGUACUCAUAUCACUGAUAUUGAAAAUGAGUUGAAGAGAAUAGAUCCAGAUCUAGGAAGGAGCGAUUUGAGUAGGAAUGACAUCGAUGGUAUAUCCGACGAGAGUUAUUCGCCCACUCACAGCGCCGUGGAUCAGGCGGUCACGAAUCCGACAUUGCCGAUGUUAACGACGCUGACUGGUUCGAACAUGCUAAGCACCCCUCAGAGGAACAUUCAUCGGACGCCAAAACACGCUAGUACACCAUGCAGAUUGCAGGAUUAUUUGAAUCUGUCGAAGAACCGCACGGAGGCACGUCCGAGCCCAGAGCGUCUUGACGCUCAAAUACGUCAAAUUAUGCAGUCUCGGGACAAUGAAAUACAGGAAAUGAUGGAGCAGAUGAAAAACAUGAUGAUACAAAUGAAAACGUUGACUGAGAAAAUGGAUGAUCUGAAGAAAGAGGUAGUGGAGUCGCGCAAAGAAAAUCAAAAGCAUCAGCAGCAGCGUGUACACCAACAACAGAGUGCAAAUCCCGCUGUCGAUCCUGAAGACCUCUACGUUCUUGACGAUGACGAAUAUGUCGAUUUGAACUAUCAAAAUCAACCGACCGGUCCGACGUCUUCGAUUUCCGGUAACAUAUUUACAUCACAGCAUGCUCGACAUCCUUAUUCGUCGCUGAUGUAUCCUUCAGCAGCGACCGCAUUCCAGUAUUAUCAGGGAGGAUUACCAUUCCCCGAUCCAAAUACUCAGGCAGCCAUAUCGUCUCUAUAUCCACACACCGUUUAUCCAAUGCCCAUGCUGUAUCCUAAUCAGACGAAAGUGUCGGAUAAUCCAUUGCAACAAGGCCUCUUUGCAUCUACGCUUUCUUCGCAGCUGCCCGAUUUCAUGCCGGCAACCGCGGCGAAUCCAUCAUUACAAAUAUCAUUGAAGCAGAAAAUCGAAACUCCAUUACGAACUAAACCCGAAGCUACAACAACAACGACGACAAUUAAAGAUGCACCUGUGAACAAAGCACCUCCUGUGAACGUAGUCAUUACAACAUCCGACACGCUACCAACCACAGUACCAUCCACUCAACCGACCUUAAGUGUCACCAUACCACCACAAUAUCGAAUAGGAAGUGGAGUUGCUGUCACUUUAUCCACUACGCCUAUAACGACGAUGACAAUAACGACAACAAAAUCGUCAUCUUCCACUGUACCUCAUUGCUAUCAGAUUCCCAUGCCCCUUCAAGCCACUAUACCGACUACUGUCAACUUACCACCAACCUCUACUUAUGUAACGCCGGCCAAUAUCAAUGCGUCCCCGAUCUAUGCCAAUCUAGCAUCACCAUCUAUUAUCACUGUGACUCAGACAACUAACAGUGAUGUUUUACAAAACGUUCAGAAUAAUACUACUAAUAGUAGUAAGAUACAUGACAAAACCGACAAUACCUAUGAGUCGAUUGAAUCGCCAAAUACAUCCACAGAGGUGUGCGAGCAGGAGCAUGAUCCGAUACCGAACUUCGUACCCGUUAUACCAUUACCUGCAAAGGUGAAAAUUACUACUGGUGAAGAGAACGAGGAUACUCUAUAUUGCGGCCGAGCAAAAUUGUUUCGCUUUGUUGACAAAGAAUGGAAGGAACGCGGCGUCGGUGACGUGAAACUGCUGCGCAAUACAGAAGGUAAAGUGCGUCUGUUAAUGCGUCGCGAUCAAAUUCUCAAGAUAUGCGCGAAUCACAUGCUGAGGUCCGACAUGGAGUUGAGUCCCAUGACGAACAACACCAAGGCUUGGUUUUGGGUUGCUAACGAUUUCGCCGAUGAGGAAGUGAAACUGGAAAAACUUUGUAUCAGAUUCAAAACUGCAGAAGAAGCAAUGACGUUUAAGGAGGCUUUUGACCAAGCCAGACUAGGUCUAUCUGUAACGUCUCCGGAAAAGGCGUACAAGAUCAAUGAGAAAAUUAUCACCGCUUCUUCUAGCGACAAAAACUCGUCCAUGACUCAGAAAUCACAAUUAACACAACAAGAUAAGAUAAGUUCAACAACGGAAGUGCCUUUUUCUGAUAAAUUGAAAUCUGGUACGACAACAUUAGGAGGAUUUUUCUUCAGUUCUAAACCUAUUAUUCAAGAAGUUAGCGAUACAAAAGCAAAUGACUUCAAGAAAACCGAUGAACCGCCGAAAGUCAGUCCAUUCAGCGGAUUUUCGUUUACUAAAUCAACUAAUAAAUCCGAAACGAAAAUCACGACCACAACUGCAACAAGCGCCGUCUCGAUGCCAUCUGCGAACUUUAUUCUCGCUACGACUUCAACAACAAAUUCGCAAUCGUCUGUUGUGAGCGCAGCUUCCAAUGAAUCGCCAAUAUUUACUUCAUCCCCAAUAACCGAUCAGACUUCUACAACUUUGAGGAGACCUCGUUUGCCACCACCCGGCACCAUUAAGCAAGGAUCGUCUAACAACGAAAUGCAACCACAGAUUGAAAAGGAGUACAAGUUAUUUGUCGGACCAACGAGCAUUCAAUGUCAAUCUGUCAGCGGUGCCAAAACCAUGCAGUGGAAAAAUAAAGGUACAGGAUCAAUGAUGCUAUUAUUGAACAAAAAAUCUGGCAAGUUUCGAUUGUUACUGACGGAUGGCGGAAGCUCUAAAAUCUAUAGUCAUGGAAUUCCGUUGGAUAUGGCGUUUACGUAUAAAAAUGGCACUACAGUUGUUAAUUGGACUGUUCCUGGAAACGUCAAAGAACCCGGUAAGUCUUGGUUGUUACACGCCGCGACCUUUAACACAGCAGAACUGGCAUUACAGUUUUACAAUACCGUAUCGAGCUGCCAGCAGAAGCUAGCUACAGGCAGUAGUCCGAACGAAGUCGUGAAAGCACUCGAAAAGAAAAUUCAGAUAUCAGACAAGAACAACAGUCAAAACAUCAUGGAAGCGAAGCCACCACCGUUGUCGGAAUUAUUUAAACCACCAACUGGUUCUUGGGAGUGUACUAAUUGUUACAUUAGAAAUAAUUCCACAGAUAUGAAAUGCAUAGCCUGUGAAGCUCCUUCUACGACUAGUAACAAGAAUGCCUCCGCAGUCACUACUAAGCCCGUUGAUUCUGUCAAACCACCGUUGUCAGAGUUAUUUAAGUCACCUGCCAACUCCUGGACCUGCACAGGAUGCUAUAUCGUUAAUUCCGAGACAAACGACUACUGCGUUGCCUGCGACAGUUCCAAGGAUCCAUCGCAACCGCCUAAGCCGCAGCAGGCUAACAUCUUCCAGUUGAACGCAUCAUCUUCUGGUGUAACUCCCAUGACCACGUUUUCCUUCGGCAUUCCCAAAGACACUGCCAAGGAAACAACCGCCACUGGUUUUAGCUUCCGGAUGUCACAGGAUAAGAAUAUAGGUGAGAGUGCGAAGUCUCCAUCCAAACCUGAAGAAACUACAGGCACCAAUUUCAUGUUCGGUAUGCCGGUGAAAAGCAGUACCACAUUAAAUACAGGCGAUUCGCCGUUUACUUUUGGCUCACCCGCAAAGUCUUUCGGGUUUAACUUUACGGCCAAGUUACCGACUAAAUCGCCUGGCGGCGGCGGUGGUGAGACCAGCGAAGACGAGGUGAUUGAGAGUGAAGAUAUCCACUUCUCACCAGUUAUACCGUUGCCAGACAAAGUCGAGGUGAAAACCGGCGAGGAGGAUGAGGAAAUGCUCUAUAGUCAUCGAGCGAAACUCUUCAGAUUUGACACCACGGUAAAAGAAUGGAAAGAACGUGGAUUGGGUGAUAUUAAAUUGCUGUGUCAUAAAGAAACCGGGAAGCUGCGGCUGAUCAUGCGUCGGGAUCAUGUGCUAAAGUUAUGUCUGAAUCAUAUACUGUCCAACGAGCUAGAGUUCACAUCGAAGGACGAGAAAACAUGGCUGUGGACCACUGCGGAUUAUAGCGAAGGCGAGAUUGAGUACAUGCAAUUCGCUUGCCGCUUUAAGACGUCCGAGAUCGCAGCAGAUUUCAAAAGAGCGAUUGAUGAUGCCAGGAAAAACAUUAAACCGACCGCCGCUGUCAGCAGCAGUGAGAAAAUGAGUAAAUCCAUAACGAAAACGCUGACAAAAAUGAUCAGCUCACCAGUUAAAGAGAUCGAGAUUGUUUACGAGGCUAAGGUUACUCCGGAAGAGAAGGCAGCUGCCUUAAAGUUGCAGCUACCAGUUAACUUUUAUUCUUACAAACAAAAGGAAAACUGCCCCGGUUGCAGAGGCUGUAGGAAACCGAGUAUAGUGUUAUAUCCAAGUACUACUGGACAAGACUCGACGAAGUUUAUACCGGAAGAAAAAAAGAUAACGCAAUCGAAAGACAUCUCAAGCUUGGGUACAAGUUCGUUGAGCGGUCCUGAGAGUAUUAGUGAGAUUACUCAGAACGGUUCGCAGUCUGCGUCUGUGAAGAAUGGAUUCUCUUUCGCAAUACCCACCGCUGCGUUUAAGUCUUCGACUACUUCUAACUUUGACAGCUCCACGAUGAGCUUUGGUACUGGUGAUAUGAAGCUGUUCAAUGAUAAGAAAACCACGACUUUUUCAUUCGGCAUGAAUCCUCAAUUUGGUACUAACGAAACGAUGGAGAAAAUAACGACGACAACGUCGUCGAGUGUCUCGCUCGAGAAUCUUAAAAUCUGUAGUUCUUCAAAUGCUCAAACAACGCAGACAACUGCUUUUAACGCGACUAACACAGCCGGACAAAAUCCGAUAUUUGGUCAAGCGGUAUCGACGGCAUCCAUAUUCAAGCCGUCUACUUUCUCUUUCAAUUCCGAUAUGAACAUUUUCGGCGGUGCCUCAAAAACCUCGCCGAAAACAUUAACCUUUAAUGAGAGUAGCGGUAACAAUUCCGUUUCUUCUUCCAUUGCUACUGUAGCCACUACGGCAAAUUUUGUUCCGAAAACAUCGACCGUAAUCACCACGUCGACAGUUACAUCCAAUCAGUCCUCUAACUCGGUAUUCAGUGUCAAUUCCACGCCUUUCUCUAAAGUGACGCUUGGUAGCAAUAAUGUUUUGUCGUUUGGUGGUACAACAACGACGAACUUGUUCGGCGGAACAACGGCUCCAGCAACGACAAACAUUUUUGGCGGGACAACGGUGGCGACGACGACUAAUCUUUUCGGCAGAGCGACAGCACCGGUAACGACAAGUAUCUUUGGUGGGAUGACAGCGGCAGCCGCAACAAACGUUUUCAAUACGGCAACAAAUGCGACGAAUGUUUUCGGUGCGACGGCGGCUGUUUUCAGUACGAAACCAUUGGAUGACGUUCAGAAAAAUGAGGACAAUCCCUGUUUCUUAUCGACAGAUAACAUUUCGUUUUCGGCGCUUGCUGCGACGGCGGUGCAACCGGAGGCUUUUAAAAUCGAUCCCAACUUUACAUUCGCUGGCGCGGGAUCAUCAGUGUUCGGUUCGAAAUCUAAUACCUCGCUGAAUAGUUCGACAAUUCGAAAUACAUCGCGCGAAGAGCAAAAGGAAGAAAAUGAUGAAGACGAUGGCGAAGCAGAUAAUGAACAGGAGCACGAUCCUCACUUUGAACCUAUUGUACCUUUACCGGAUACCAUUGAAGUCCGAACUGGCGAAGAAGACGAGGAAAAAGUAUUCUGUCAAAGAGCCAAGUUAUACAGAUAUGACAAUGCCACGAAGGAAUGGAAAGAGCGCGGCAUCGGCGAAAUGAAGAUCUUACAUCAUGUAGGUCACGGUAGCUAUCGGUUGCUGCUGCGCCGAGAGCAAGUGCAUAAGGUCGUCUGCAACUUCUUGAUCACUCUCGACGUAGAAUUCCAUCCGCUUUCUACAUCAAACCAGGCCUGGAUGUGGGCCGGCAUGAACUACGCCGAGCAGGAGCCUUGCGUCGAACAAUUAGCGAUUAAAUUUAAAUCACCCGAUUUGGCCCGGCAGUUUAAGGCACAUAUCGAUAACAUUCAACAAGAAUUGCGCGAGAAGAGAACUGCUGAAGAUGAAAGAUGUAUCGGCCAAGCGGAGGAUAGUGAAGAACAUGACCGAGAUCACGAUGUGGACGAGGAAGAAGAGGAUGACGAGGAUGAGGAGGAAGACGAAGAUGAUCAGGAGAUGCUUCCUAUCAUCGAGAAACGCGCCACUGUAUUCGCGAGAUGGCCGAAUGACAACAAGUGGGAAAGUGUGGGCUUAGGGAGCCUAGCAAUUCAUUAUGAUUCCGAGAUCUAUGCGGAGAGAAUUGUCUUAAAGCUCGACGAUUCGGAAGACUACGCAAGCAACACCAUUAUCAGCAUAAAUUCAGUGAUGCGGGUGGAAGGCAAAGAAUGUAUUUGGAGCGGCAUUGAUUACGCUUUGGAUCCUCCAGAGAGGAGAGUUCUGAAGGCAGCCUUCUCGUCGGUACAAGCGGCGCAACAGAUGCAUACUUUUUUCGAAGAUGGAGUGGACAGCGCGAAGCAAGCUGGUGUCGUUGAAUAUCAUGAAGAAGAUUGAAGAUUUUUAGCUAAUAAGUAGCUGCUAAUUGACUGUUUACGUAAUUCAUUACCUUCCUAUAAAUUAGCGUAAAUGUUAAUUAAACGGGUUGUUUCAUGUUGCUCUUCUCAAGUUGUAAGGGAAAUUGUACCAAAAAAAAGAGAAAAGAGAAAAAAAAGGGAAGCUGUACGAUUUUUGCAUACAGCUUCUUUAUUCUUCUUUUUUUUUAGACGAAAUUUGACAAAUAUAAUUGUCUAUAUAUGCACACGAAUACAAAUGCAAGUUCCCGUAGUAAUAAUUUAUGCAAGAAAUAUACUUAUUUAUAAUAAUUGCACAAAGUGGAAAAAAAGUAGA